UUUGUGACAUUUGCGAUUUGAUGUCUACCUUUACCGUUGCGUAGGUCAUAUGAUUCUGUCAAUCGGUAUUACGCAGAAUUGACAAAUUGUCAGUGCGCGCGAAUUGUCAUCGGUGUCAGCGAUUGUCGAGUGCGUUUUUCCACGUACGUAUGCGAGUGAGUGCGGGCAGCGGAAAACGCGGCAGUUAACAACACAGGUCCUACGCGCUCCGAGGAAAAUGUCACUUUUUGGAGUAGGCAAUCCCUUUUCCACGCCAGUAGGACAAAAAAUUGAGUCUGCCACAGAUGGUAGCCUACCGAGCGAGAACUGGACGCUUAACAUGGAAAUAUGUGAUAUUAUCAACGAGACCGAGGACGGGCCGAAGGAUGCGAUCAAGGCGAUUAAGCGCAAACUGAACCAGGCAGCUGGCAAAAAUUAUACUAUAGUCAUGUACACACUUACCGUGUUGGAGACAUGUGUGAAAAACUGUGGCAAACGCUUUCAUGCUCUCGCUUGUUCAAGAGAAUUUGUGCAGGACCUAGUUAAAUUAAUCGGUCCGAAGAACGAGCCACCGACCGCGGUUCAGGAGAAAGUCUUGAGUCUGAUUCAGACAUGGGCAGAUACAUUCCGUCAUCAACCACACACCCAAGGUGUCGUUCAGGUUUAUCAGGAAUUAAAGAUAAAGGGUAUACAGUUCCCGAUGACUGAUUUAGAUGCCAUGGCACCGAUUAUCACGCCGGAAAGAAGUGUACCUGAAACUGAGCAAAUCCCGGCAAGCCUGGCAAAUGAGCAGCCCGCUUCUCUGACAAUGCAACCCUCACCCAGUCAGACACUGUCCACUGGCCAGUUAACUCAGCUGAACGAACAGCAACUGGCGAAAUUACAAAGCGAGCUCGACGUUGUUCAGGGAAACAUGCGCGUGCUGUCGGAAAUGUUGGCAUACUUUACAAAUCCAGACCAAAGUAGUAAACAACCAGAUUCCGCAGACCUGGAGCUGUUAAAUGAGCUUCAUUCAACAUGUAAGGCAAUGCAAGAGCGCGUUGUCGAUUUAAUUGGCAAACUGGCCCACGACGAGAUGACAGCGGAAUUACUACGUAUCAACGACGAGCUGAACAAUCUGUUUCUUCGUUAUUCGCGCUACACGAAGAAUAAGAUGCAGGUGCCAGCGAGCGCCAUACUGGCUCAGACAAUCGGGCAUCCACCAAAUGUUGAGUUGACCCCAGCUCUCACCAAGCGGGAAGGGGACUCACUUAUAGACUUGUCCGAUGACGUGGAUGAUGUGACAAAACAUAUGGGCAAACUUGAUGCAGCUGAAGGCGUGGACAAGAACAGACCAGAUCAAAAAGAUCAAAAAGGGAGAAAAGAAGGGGACGGUGAUGAGUUUGAUAUGUUUGCGCAGUCGCGCAAUGCAACGUACGAGACAACAAAGAAUAGCGGCAGCAAGUACGAGGAUAACUUGGAGCAGGUGAGAGAAGGAAGCUUAAGCACGGCAAUUAUCAACCGCAAUAACCCUAAAUUGCCCUCACAGACUACUGCUAGCGCUAGUCCAAACCGGGAAUCUGAAUUCAGUGAAAUGGCAGCUUGGUUAGAUCGCACACCUGGAGGCCAGGGUGAUCAAGAAUCUUUGACAUCGUCAGAAUUUGAACGCUUCUUGGCGGAACGUGCAGCUGCGGCUGAAGCUUUACCAACUGUACCCACAACCACAACUGCCACCUCAAAUUCUUCAACUACCGGUAACCAGAACAUCCAGCGCCAGAUUAACAAGGAGCAAGACAAGUCCUUGUUCGCUCUUUAAGUACUUUGAAAACUCACUCUCUCUCUCUCUCUUUCUUUCUGUUUUUUUCCGAGACGGGAAGCUAAGCUUACUGGAACUGUGUGUCGAGCUCGUUUAAACGGCACGUUAAUCUUUGAUUUCUCCCCCCCCCCUCACACACUGAUUAAAUCACGCAUCUAAUAUCGACGAGGUAUCAAUUUAUAUUUUUGACAUUAGAAGCUGGAAUAAGAUAGAACGAGUACAUGCAGAAAAAGAAAUGCUUCGUGCUUGUACGUACUUAAUAAUAUAAACUGAUAACUACAGAAUCACGUUCGAGGUAUUGUUUCUAUUAUAAAAUCGUGGUCAUAAUGUGCAGAUGAGUUGCUUUAAAGUUAUUCUAUACAUAUAUAUAUAUAUACACAUAUAUAUAUGAAGCAUUACUGAUUAUUGUAUAAUGAUAACGUUUUAAGGACUAAUUUAUGUUUGUACAUAAGCGACAAUGCGCGUGCGCGUCCAUGAGAAUAUCCAGAUCGCAACCACACGAGUCUUGUUAUGAUGAAUUUUGCCUGAAAAUCGCGAAUCAAGUACGUGAGACUUCAUGGUCUAGAGGAAAUUUUCGAACUAAUCUGUGGAUAUUUCAACGAAUGUCCGAUUGAAUGAUCGAUCUUGUCUAUAUAUUUUGACAAACUAUUUUUCUAUGUUGAAGUAAAUUCUGUCUCUCAGCUGUUUGACAUUCUAUACAGACAUAUAUGUACAUUCUACAGAUUUAUUAUUAUUUUUACUAUCGUAAUUCCUACUAUUGUAGAGACUACUAAUAGCUUAUCGAUAUUAUUUACGAGCAUAUAUACAUUUAUUAUUACCACAUUAUCAUCGAUUAUUGCAGUUUAUGUAAUAAUAUUACAAAUGAUUAAUAUAUUCUGGAGUCAUUAUAAAUACAGCUGUGACAUCAGUUACCGGAAGUUUUACCAUAUCCUAUAUCUAUAAUCUCCUGGGAAAAAAAGACAUUAUAUUUUAACUUCACCUCGCCGCCAAGAUUUUAUCAUUUGCUUCGACAGAAUUAUUUGCUUACAUUUCAAUGUAUUUGUGCAUACCUAAUGGGAAUAGAUAAAACAAAAAUAUACCUUGGGUGCCUGUAUUCGCUGUUCUUUCAUUUGACGAUAAUCUGUACUCUAUUCAUAACAUAGAAAAUAAAACUGCACAUCGUAUAAG